CCCAGACGUUAACGACACACCUAAUAUUUUCACACCUUUAGGUGCAUGGCAAAAAAGAAAAAACUCCGUAUAUAUAUAUAUGUAUAUAGGAGCACUUAAUAUAUCUCCACAAAUCCACCCUGCAAAACCAUUUCCCCUGUUCAUCGUCAAUUCCUAUAUAUAAUACAUAUACUACCACACCCCUACCCCAACUCCUCCAAAUCUAAGCCACUCUCUCUCUCUCUCUCUCUCUCUCUCUCUCUCUCUCUCUCUCUCUCUCUCAUGGAUAUUACCAGCACAAACGAAAUAACCCAUGACUUCUCACCUUUCUUCAAGGUAUACAAAGAUGGUCGCAUUGAGAGAUGCAUCAUCUAUCCUCACCUCCCCCCCACUGUCGAUCCCCACGCCGCCGUUCAAUCCCUUGACGUCGUUUUCUCCCCAGAACUAGGCCUCCGCGGCCGCCUCUUCUUCCCCAAGCUCCCCCCCGUCGCCGCAGCCCCCCACAAGCUCCCGCUCCUCCUCCACUUCCAUGGCGGCGGCUUCUGCGUUGGAUCUCCCUUCGACGCCGUCUGCCAGAAUUACCUCCACUCUCUCAUCCCCCAAGUCAACGCAAUCAUCGUCUCCGUUGACUACAGGCUCGCCCCCGAGCACCGUCUCCCCAUCGCCUACGAGGACUCCUGGGCCGCGCUGCACUGGGUAGCCGCCCACCUUGACGGGCACGGACCCGAACCGUUCCUGAACCAACACGUUGAUUUCGGGCGGGUCUUCUUGGCGGGCGACAGCGCCGGAGCCAACAUCGCCCAUUACGUGGCAGUCCGAGCUGGCGUGUCCGGAUCGGGUGGGCUCAAGCCUCGCGGAAUGAUUUUGAUACAACCACUAUUUGGGGGACCCGAGAGGGACAAGCUGUACCGGUUCUUGUGCCCCUCGAGCAAGGGGUGGGAAGAGGACCCGAAACUGAACCCGGCUGUGGAUCCGGAUAUGAAGACCAUGGGUUGCGGACGGGUCCUGGUGUGCGUGGCGGAGAAGGAUAGGCUGAGAGACUGGGCCCAGUCCUACUACGAGACGCUGAAGGAGAGCGAGUGGGUCGGGUCGGUGGAGAUGGAUGAGGUCAAAGGGGUCGGGCAUUGCUUCCAUUUGUUCAACCCAACUUCCAAGGAGGCUCUGGCCCUGUUUAAAAGGUUGUCUGCUUUUAUAAAUCAGGAUUAGGAUCCGGGUUCGGGUUUUUUUUUUUAUAUAAAUCGGGUUUGGGUAUCUUUUCAUCUAUAGAUAAACCAAAAAAAAAAAAAAAACUUGUGGUGAUCUAGAUGUUAUGGAUGAAGUUGGUGGUGUAAUGCUUAAUUUAAUUUGAAGCUUUGAUUGGAAAGAUAGCUGAAAUAUUUGGAU